ACAAUUAACCCGCCGGAUUCGCUACUGGUUGUGAUCUUGAGUUAUGCCGAAAUUGGUACCUGUGUCUGUUCUUACGAAGGAUGCCCAGUUGGACUUCACAUUGAAGCGCAAGGCCUCUGGGGCACAGCUCGUCUCGAAAGUUUGCACAGCUCUUGGUAUUAGAGAGAUGUGGUAUUUUGGUCUUCAGUGUGUGGACCACAAAAACAGACUUACGUGGCCAGAGGCGGAUAAGAAGAUUACGACAACGCAAAAAAUCAAGGAUGGCCCACUGCAUUUUGACGUCAAAGUGAAAUACUAUCCAGAGGACCCAUCGAAUGAACUUAUUGAUGAAACAACUCGUUUGUAUUUUUACUAUGAUGUUAAAGACGACAUAGUCAGUGGGAGAAUUUAUUGUCCUGCAGAAACUGCUGUUUUGUUGGCUUCUUAUCAAUAUCUUAUUCGCAGUGAGGGAAAUGGUCCAUCCACCGUCAGAAAACCCCUCAAUAUCUCCAAAUACCUUUCUACAAAUGUACGUGAACAAUAUAAUCUAACUGAUGAAGAAUGGGAGGCCAAAGUGAUGAAUUGUGUGUCUUCGCAUAAAAAUAUGUCCAAGGACGACGCAGUAAAAGAAUACAUAAGAAUUGCCCAAGAUCUAGAAAUGUUUGGAGUUACAUUUUUUAAAAUAAAAAAUGAAAAAAAGACGGACUUGUGGCUUGGUAUUGAUGCUUUAGGUUUGAAUAUUUAUGAAUAUGACAACCAAUUAGCACCAAAGGUUACCUUUCCAUGGAAUGAGAUACAAAAGUUAUCCUAUUCUCGCAACAAAUUUUUCGUCAAGCCUGUUGAAGCUUCUGGGAAGGUUCUCGUAUUCUACACGGAUAGUACUCAUACAUCUAAACUUAUUCUAAACCUAUCUACAGGCAACCAUAAAUUAUAUGCUAUUCGACGUCAACCCGAUUCGAUUGAAGUUCAACAAAUGAAAGUAAAAGCUAAGGAGCGACAGACUAUACGUGAUGCUGAAAGGGAAAAACUACGUGCUGAACAAGAAGCGAGAGAAGUAAUGGAAAAACGACUACAAGAUAUGCAACGUUUAAUGCAAGAAAACGAGGAAGCAUUCGCACGUACGCAAACAGUUUUAGAACAAUAUGAAUGUAAAGUUAAUGAAUUGAAUGCACAACUUGAAGAAGAAAAAAGUGCACGAAAACAAUUAGAAAACUUACAGUAUUAUCUAGAAGAAGCAAAUCGCAAAUUAGGACUGGUAAGAUUUGAUGAACAUUCUAAAAAUACUUUUGUUUUUCCCUUUAUUUUUGAUUUAGUUUUUGAUGACAAUCGUUCUUGUUUAAUUGUUGAACAAUUAAACCCAUUCGACAGUAAAUAUCCAAUUUGUAUCUUUCUCUUACCAGUUAGCGAUUAUUAGAGAUGUAUUAUCAAGAAGAUCCAACUUCGUUUAAAGUUUUAUCAACGUUACUCGUCUUUGUCCUUAAAGACAUCUUUGAACUGAAAUGCGAAACUACACGAGUUCCCCCUAGUUUAAAGUUGACUUUCUAUUCCUCAUUGAUGAAAAUCAACUUACGGAGUCCCAUAACCUCUCCAGGUAAAGGUAUCACACCAAAGGUAAUUACCUACUUUUCAUGGUAAGCAGAGGCUAUUAUUAAGUGUGAAUCCUAUUCUUUUGAAGACCGUACAACAGCUAAAUUCACUAGUUACAGCUAAAGUUUAAGAACUACACUUUAAAUCAAGUCAAUAGCAUUUCUAGUCUUCCUAUGAUAAUUCCAGUUAUAGGUAGCUAUACUUGAUCAUGGUGCUGUACUAAUAACAAUCCAUGGUAAACGACGAUUUUUUUUGUCUUGUUUUUCAUAAACCAUGGUUCAACUGCUUUAAGUCAAUAGAAGAGCGUCAGCGUAUAGCACAGGAACGUGAUGAAAUCAAUGCCAAAAUUAAUGAGCAAAACCAACUACUCCAGGAGCGAGAGGAAGAAAAGCGUCAGUUUGAGGCUGAACUGGCUCGCGUUCGAGCUAUGCAUGAAGCAGAAAUGGACCACUUUAGUGAACAGAAACAAGAAUCUGACGAAUGCGAACUGGAGGCAGUCAAUAAUGUUGAUGAGGAUUUACGUCAGUCCAAACAAGAUACUGAUGAGGACCAUGCGACACGCCUUAAAUUAUUACGACAAGAUUUAAGCUCUGUUCGAAAUCCAAAUAAGAUGCAAGCGAUCGACAUUCAUUAUGAGGACAUCGUAAGCAAAGGUAUGGAUAAAUAUCGUACACUAAGAGCUAUACGUGAGGGGAAUACGAAAAAACGAGUUGAUCAAUUUGAAUCCAUGUAGUUCGUAUAAUUGGUUGACAUACGUGUAGUCAGUAGAAAAGAAUUCAUUUGUUAAUUAAACUAUUUGUUUCGCUUGUGUAAUCAAACAUUCCAUGAGGAAACGCCAACUGAAUUACUGUCGAGCUGUUUUACUCAAGUCAGAUUAUAUUUGUGUUUUCUUUUCGCCUUCACAUGUUGCGCGUUUAUAUUUUUUUAUUGCUGUUAACAUUGUAAUAGUAUGACAAUUAUCUCAUGAUUUUGGUGUAAACACUACUUGAUUGUAAAAAAAAAAUUUAGCCUUGCAACAUCUUAUAAAAUAUUUUGCUUGUAGCUUUUCCGUUAUCAUCCUUUUUCGCUCAAUUUUUUUUAUAUAUAUUCGUUGUAUUUGUUCAU